AUGUGGCACGUCUGGCCUCUUGAGCCUCCCUCCAAGAAACAAAAACGGGUUGUUCGGAAGAGACAUCGGCUGGCGAUCUCGUGCUCCCGUUGCAGGCGCCUCAAGGUCAAGUGCGACAGGCAGACGCCAUGUAGCCACUGCAUACGCAGUAAGCGGACCGAGGAGUGCACAUACGUUUCGCAUCCUUCCAGCAGUGCAAAGGCUAAGUUGAUACCCAGCAUCCAGAGUGCAGAGUCUUCGGCAUCGGCCACAGCCAGUUCGGAGUCGCCGCAGUUGCUGCCGGAUUUGAAUUUGUCAAGCAGCUGCUCUCCCACGACAGACCCGGAUCUAGACAACUUUCAAGAUGUUGCGAUUCUCAAAGACGAUAUAAGCCCGAUGUAUUCAUACCCGGACAAAGAUGCCAUAUGGUUGUCGAAGUUCCGGGGUGAGACUCAUUGGGCUGUGUAUCUGAAAGAAUUUCGGUCAAUAUUCUCACCUGACAACGGACACCUGGAGUAUCCGCCUCUUCCGUCGCAGGACGCAGGGCCUGACCCGCGAGCCGGAAUAUCGAAUAUAGGCAAUCUGAUGGAUAAGCCGAAGGAGUUUAUUCUUUCAAUCAUACCCGAUAGAGAAAAGAUCCAGUCAUACGUGGAAAGUUACCUCUCUACGGUAGAACGGAUAUACCCGGUCCUCCACAAACCCACCUUUCAGGCGGAAAUAGACUCCUUUUGGAAAAAUGAGAAAACGCCCAGAUGGGACUGGCUAGCACAAUACCUAAUGGUCAUUGGCAUUGGGUGUCUAACCACGUCGAGCGCGAAUACCAAGCAAGUGCAGCGACUUCUCCGGGCGGCUGAAGUAUGUCUACUCCAAAUAGCCUUCAUCCUGAACCCGACGAUUCUCACUAUCAAUGCUAUCUGCAUGAUGGUGAUUGCAAAGCACAUUGGAGCCAUGUCGUGUCACGAGUAUGACUCCUGUGGUCCGUUGAUGGGGAUUGUGAUUCGACAUGCGAUGUCUAUCCGCCUGCACUGUGAUCCGACUUUUGGCGCGAGUACAGACAUUUCUCCAUUCCAGAUAGAAAUGCGGCGAAGGCUUUGGACCACCAUCGUUCAUCUUGAAUUACAGCAAGCGAUUACUAGCGGGAUGCCCCCGCUUUUAAAGAUCGAUGACUUCAACACGAUGCCGCCGUCGAAUCUGGACGAUGAAGAUCUCGAUCCGCAAAGAAGGGAGGAUUUCAUCCCGGCUCCCAGUGCCGUAUUCACAGACUCGUCUUUCCAGAUCCUUCUUGCGAGUUCCUUCAGUGCGGCAUUCGAAGUGGUGACGGCUGCAAAUUCGUUAUCGGGAAACAUUUCUUACGAACAGCUAAGCUGCCUUGACUCGCGCAUCCGAGGCUUGCUCUCGGAGACCUUCCUGCUUCGGAGCACGCUUUUGGAAUUCCCCGAAAACGCAGCGCCGGCGUGGAAAACGCUCCAGAUUUCGACGUUAGAAAUAACUUUCCGCCGACUACUCCUCACCCUCCACCAGCGAUAUGCGCGCCAGCCACAGGCCAGCAUACGCUAUCCGACAUCCUACUGGUCGGCACUGGAAUGCUCUCUGGCGGUGCUCGUGCGGCAGCGACAGAUCUACGAGGACCUCGACCACCACGAAUCGGCGAAAUGGUUUGCGGAACUGUUCAAAAACGACUUCUUCAUGGCGAUCAUGAUGGUCGGCAUUCAGCUGUGCCGCAAGGACGACUCGGCGCUGGACGAGACGGGCCCGACGAUGCAGGCCAGCGUGUGCUGCCAGCACGCGACCAUCUCGCCCACGUCGACGAUCCUCCAGACGCUGCGCUGGUGCCAGGAUAUCUGGACGAGCAAGCUCGCGCAGUCGUUCUGCCAGUCGAAGGUCCGGGAUAUCAUCGGCAGGAUCAUCACGACGGUGGAGGUCGAACUGUGA